AUGGCAGGCAGGAAGUCGGCGGUCCUGAGGAGGAUCGUCAACAAGGACGGCCACAACAACAUGCGCAUCGACAACGUGGAGGGCAUGGUGAAGCUGUACCUGCACGACAUCUGGACCACGGCGGUGGACAUGAAGUGGCGCUACAAGCUCACCCUGUUCGCCUCCACCUUCAUCAUGACCUGGUUCAUCUUCGGGGUCAUCUUCUACUUCAUCGGCAUGGGGAACGGCGACUUCGAGCCGAGCCUGAGCUCCAACCACACGCCCUGCGUUCUGAACGUGCAGACGCUGACGGGGGCCUUCCUCUUCUCACUUGAAUCUCAGACCGCCAUCGGCUACGGCUACCGCUGCAUCUCCGAGGCGUGCCCGCUGGCCAUCUUCACCCCAGUGGCCCAGCUCAUCAUCACCGGCCUGGCCGAGAUCUUCGUCACCGGCGCCUUCUUGGUCAAGCUGGUGCGGCCCAAGAAACGGGCGGAGACCAUCAAGUUGGCAGGUCUGAAGUUCAGCCAGUCGGCGGUGGUGUGCCGGCGCCGGGGCCAGCUGUGCCUGAUGCUGAGGGUGGCCAACAUGAGGAAGAGCCUGCUCAUCCAGAGCCAGCUGAUGGGGAAGCUGUUCCAGUCCAACGUGACGGAGGAGGGCGAGAAGACGCAGAUCCACCAGAGCUCGGUGGACUUCCACAUGGACUCCAGUGGCGAGUGCCCGUUCCUCAUCCUGCCCCUCACCUUCUACCACGUCCUGGACGAGCGCAGCCCCCUGUCCGGCCUGACGGCGGAGAACCUGCUCACCCGCGCCUUCGAGCUGCUCGUCACCCUCAAUGCCACCAUGGAGUCCACGGUGGCCACGUGUCAGAGCCGCACCUCCUACGUCCCGCGGGAGCUCCUGUGGGGCUACGAGUUCAAGCCGGCGCUGUUCAGCACGCCCAGCGGCCGCUACGUGGCCGACUUCAAGUUCUUCGACAAAGUGCAGGCGAGCAACGACCCGGUGUUUGUCAGCAACAACAUGGAGAAGCUGAAACUGGAGGAGGACUACAAGAAGAAGUAA